AUGUCUUCAAUGGUCCUUAAUUUUUUUGAUGAUCGGGAAGAGUCUGUCCCCGACAAUACAUAUCGCCCAUAUCGCUCCAAGAGACACCGGCCGUGUGACGUCUGUCGUCAACGCAAGAGUGCAUGUCGUAUUCAGUCCAGGCCUCCAUGUGCAAUCUGCAACCAGCUCAAUGUUGAAUGCACAUUCGAAGGACCUCCAGCUAAGCGAAAGUCCCCACGCAUUGACCGCGAAAGGCCAUUGCAGUCAGUAGACUUUGCGCAAGCCCCUUCUCCAUUUUUGGAAUUCUUUUUAGAAAGCAACGAGGCUACCGAACAUGUCCCGAAGAUGAUCGCGCCGGUCGCUGAAAGUUCCCAUGGGCACCAGUUCGAGGACAUGAUACUUGGAACACAGGCAGCGGAGAUUCCCACUCAGCUACACUCAGUCCAGAACAGUUACCAAACUGUGGUAGACCAGCCAAACCAAACGGAGAACACUGCUUUGCCAAAUCUUAACUCACAGGAUUGCUGGGACUCGGAAAUGUUUCAGUAUGGAUCUGUGUCCCCUGUCUCCUCUCCUACCUCAGCACGUUCACUGGACCAGACCGAUGGUUUCUCUGCUCAAUACUUUGGAUCUUCAUGCGAAUCAGAUCCAUACUUGCUCCGACAUUUCAGAUUCGCGUCUGAAGGUGACUCUCGAUUCUUCAAGGUACACUUUCGUCGGGUGUCAAUGGAAGUGCCGGGCCAGAAAAUUCCGACUCAUUUCAUGAUUAGUGCAGAUGAGCUUGGCGAUGCAACUAAAUCGGAGAGCUGCAAUCGUGAAGGCCCUGAUAAGGUUAGAGCUGAUUUGGACGCUGCGGUCAAUAUUCAAGAGGGCCAACGCCUCGUGGGACUGUAA